AUGGCGAAAUUGACCAAGCAGACCACGUUUGUGAUUAUUGAAGAAAAGCCAAUCGGUCACGACGACAUCCAGAACAAUCCCUAUUGGGACAAGCCAACACCAACCGAGACGACUUCUGAUAAUGGCAAUGCCUAUUGGGACAUUCCUCGUCCCGUGACUACCGGUACGAGUCCUCCUUUGGCAGCCACCAACCAUAAUAACUCGAAUCCUUAUUGGCAAAUUCCAAUCAAUCAACAACAACAAACAGAUGAUGAGAUUGCUUCCGAUAUCAAUCCGCAAAACUCUACUUCUGGUACUUCCUCUCCUCCUGGUACCACUUCUUCUUCUUCUACCAGUAGCAGUACAGAUCCACCGGGAGAAGGUAUUUUGCAUUCGAUUCGUCGGUACGAUCAACUCCGUCAAGAUUUCCCCCAAGAGUUUAUUCCCCCGGAAGACGACAAUUCCAACGUAGAACUCUUUGAACUGCCACCCACAGACGACGUAACCGAAAUUGCCUUUUGUCAUUUGACGGCCAUUCUACCAUUUACCCAAAACGACCAAAAACCAUUUCAAAUUGCCCACGAAGAUGCCGCCGCCGUGGCAUUGGCCGUGCAAGAUUUGAAUUCCGGCAAUGGCGUAGUUGUGCCAGAAGUGGAAGGGUUGAAUGAGCGUUGCAAUAUCCGCUUCACCACGGAAUGGUUCGACACAGAAUUUCAAGGAGGUGUCGCAUUGGCGCGGGUCGUCGACGUCACCAGUCGCUCGACACAAAAACCAUGUGCCUUCUUGGUCCGCCUCUCGAGCGUUCAUAACGUUCGACCCACCUCGGCCGUUCUCCAUGCCCAUCGAGUAUUCGUCACGGGAUGUUUGAUUUACCCAAACCGAAGCUAA